GGAAGAAUCCCGGAACAUAUUCCAGUCUGUGCUAGCAAAACUGUCCUGUAUCUUAUGACCAGGGGAUAGAAGCUGUUUAGGAGUCUGUUUGUGAGAGCCUUGAUGUACCGGUACCGCCUGCCGGACGGGAUCAUGGAGAACAAUCCAUGUCUCGGGUGUCCAGUAGUGUAAAUGCAGAUGGGCAACCCCAUGCUUCAGCCCAUGUAUUUAUAGCCACUAUGCUGCUUCAGUUGGACUACAGGUGAUUUAAAAGAAAUAAAAGUAAUAAUUAAACCUUUAUUUAGCUAGACUAUAGGUGAUAAUAUAGACCAUGCAUAGGGUUCUCACUUGGUGGACUACAGCUAUGACUGGAAUGUACUCUUCCGUAGCAGGUUUGGAGAAUUUAGUCUUUAUUUUAUACUUUUAUUUAUCCCUGUUUUUCCAGGUAAGUUGACUGAGAACACAUUCUCAUUUACAACGACGACCUGGGGAAUAGUUACAGGGGAGAGGAGGGGGAUGAAUGAGCCGAUUGGAAGGUUAGGAAAAAGGUUAGCUCAAAUUAUAAAUUUUAGCUUUUACAUUUAUCAUUUUCAUUUAGAUUUAAUUUAGCUUAACCACGGCAGUGAUUUUGAUGAAGAUGUUAUUAUAGUUGAAAUAAUACUGUUCCAUGAAAAUCAUAACUGGCACGCAGGUCGCUAGAAAUGAUAAGAUACAGUUGCUGAUGGAAGAGCUUGCUGACCCAUGGUGUAGCCUAUUACUAGUAACUUAACGAGCGUAAAGGCAGGACGAUGGAUGGUCCAGAUUUUAUUUUCUGCUUAUCUUCAUCUCAGGCUCCAUGUCUUAAUUAUUUAAUCACACAGUGCUUAAAGCAUCAGACCAGCUCAGUGCAUAUAGUUAAUUUAAUCACACAGUGCUUAAAGCAUCAGACCAGCUCAGUGCAUAGAGUUAAUUUAAUCACACAGUGCUUAAAGCAUCAGACCAGCUCAGUGCAUAGAGUUAAUUUAAUCACACAGUGCUUAAAGCAUCAGACCAGCUUGGUGCAUAGAGUUAAUUUAAUCAAAUCAAAUUUUAUUUGUCACAUACACAUGGUUAGCAGAUGUUAAUGUGAGUGUAGCGAAAUGCUUGUAAUCGAACACAGGGUGUGUCUAUAUAUGGCAAAAUACUAACCCUACACUAACCCUACACAAAAAAACUAUCCCUACACAAAAUGUUGACCGAUUGGUUGAAAGAACAAACGACUCUUGGUCGAGCCAGGGUUUGAGGGUAGGGUACAGCCCUACACACACACACACACACACACACACACACACACACACACACACACACACAGAUAUUGGACUAACUGCUGGUUGUGUUUCAGUAUGCGUGUCUCCCGGCUCGUAAGCUGCUGUCUGGCAGCCGUGUGUGUCGCAGAAACGCAGACUGCCUCACACACACACAUCUUGACACAGACCCUGACAGACACUCACCUAGUGUCUGUGUCACACCUUCACUGGAGAACCAGACCAGGUUGAUCCGUCUUACUCAUCCACCCAAUACACAGAUGCUGUUUGUGGGGUACCCUCCUCACCUCCAAUAUGCAGUCAGUCUGACCAACUUUGCUCCUCGCUUCGGCUUCCUGAACCUGGACCUACCUGUUGUCAUGGAGACCUUCUGCAAAUACGUUGUGUCCCUGUCUGGAGCGUUAGCCGUGGUCAACUCUGUUCCAUGCUUCGCUCUCGACGGCCAAUGGAUGCUCUCCGCUCUGCUGGAGGCCACGCUGGUCACUGUGGUUACAGAUCGGCAGCACCGGGAGCUGAUUGGCUUUUUCCUGUUGCUGGGAGGAAGUGCUCUGCUGGCUGCUAAUGUAGCGCUGGGGCUGUGGAUGGUUACUGCCCGGUAACGGUAACUAUGACUACAAACCACCACCAACGCCUCCAUGGCAACCAACGCCAAGAGACUAUCUCCCGGGGUGCUGUGCCGUGCCUCCGCACAAAGGCAUUGUGGGUCUCUUCCUGCUCCUCUCUGAGAGAAAGACUCCAGUUCCCAUCAGGCACUGCGGUGCACAUGGUGACUAAGGGAUGCUGGGGAAAUUUUGUGUUCAGCUGCACCUUCUCUACUCUCUGGAAUGUGUGUGUGUGUGUGGGUGUGUCGCGUCACACGCGCUGUGAGGAGGUAUGUGUUUCUGUUUUCUAGGGAUUUCAUGAUACAUUGUUGUUUUUAUCUAUUUGUCCCACCUCUUUCUGUCUGUCUGUCUCUCAAUUUAAUUUAAUUCGAGGGCUUUAUUGGCAUGGGGAACAUAUGUUUACAUCGCCAAGCAAGUGAAAUGGAUAAUAAACAAUACAAAUGAACAGUAAACAUUACACUCAUAGAAGUUGCAAAAGAAAGACGUUUAAAAUAUAUUGCUCUCUCCCCAUCUCUCUGUGAAAUAAAGAGGAAUAAUCUCA